UUUUGAACAUUUGGCAGCUACUUAUGUUAAUUUGGCAGACUUACAAUAUUACAAUGUACUAACGGUGCUAAUUUACAUGCCACUAAAAUUACCAGGGAUUUUGGCGGCUACUUAAUUUGGUGAACGUUAAGGAUUUGGCGGAUCUGCCAAAUUAGGUAGAAGUACAGUGAGUUGUUAUCAGUCAUGGGCAUAGCCAGCUGAGACAAGUACCUCACCAGCAUUUCACACAACUAUCUAUUAAACAUGUUACAACACUUUUUGAACAUUUGUCUUGUCUAAUUCUUUACCCUGGCUACUCCCUUAUUAGUAUUUGCACACACAUGACAAGUUAUUUCACAAUGUAAUACUAUACCUCAUUCAGGGUACUAUUAAUAAUUUUUGAAGGGGUGUCAGAGGAGGAUGCUGUCACCCUGUCACCCCCCCCCCCCAAAAUAUCUGACUGGCCUGUAAUGUCAGAUUUGUCAAAUUUCUCAUUUUUGAUUAUGAGCAUAGCUCUUUAAUUUUGUCUUUCAUGUAAAUGUCCUUUUCUUUAUCCAUAGUCUCCAGGGUGACAUGACUAACUUGUGCGUUUUGUGACAGCCCAUUACAUGUACACCAAUGUGUCUAGAGUUUCUACUGUUGCUAGGUUGUUGCAGGUGAAGGAGGUGAUUUCCCAGAAUCCUCUAUUACUAUAUGUGGGCUUGAGUAAAGUUGGCUAAAGCUUACCUGUCGUUUGAUUAUUCCUAGAUUGUCAUUCGCUUUUGCUAUAUAUUCUGCCACUUUGUCUGGAUCUGACUCAUCUUUGUGUUCACGAAAAGCAUCUUUUAUACGUUGAAUUGCAUAGCAUCUGUAGUUAUAACUAGUAAAUUUACUGCUUUCCCGUAGCAUAUUCUUGUAAAGUGAUAAAAUGAUUUGUUUUGAGGGCGCUGCCAUUUUGAAUGUGAGCUCUUCUCUGAGGAGAUUUGAAAUUAAGUUGCAUAUUAUCGCCCGAGUGACCAAAAUGGUGCGACUUGUGCUGUUUCAGAAAAGGCAAACCUGUUGUUUAGCAACCAUCCAUAGGCUAUACUCUUCAAAAGUAGCUUACAAUGUUGACAAAACUAAACCAAUAUCAAUAUUUGGCGCAUCCUAUGAUUUAGACCAAACGACGAAUGUAACUCCUCGCAUUUUAUCCAAAGUAGGACGCAACCUUCACAACAAGCACAGCCACCCACUGAACUUAAUAAAACAGCGAAUCCAAAACUAUUUUUACAGAUCAUUCCGGAACAGAAACGGCAACCCAUUAUUUGCAGUUUUUGACAAUUUAUCCCCUGUCGUGACAACGCACCAGUGUUUUGAUAGUUUACUUGUGCCGAAGAAUCACAUCAGUAGAUCAGUGUCCGACACAUAUUAUGUGAAUGCCGAGCAUGUACUACGAGCUCACACUUCUGCCCACCAAGCUGAUCUUAUUAGCAGGGGAUUGGAUGCUUUCUUAGCAGUCGGGGAUGUGUAUCGAAGAGAUGAGAUUGAUUCAAAACACUACCCAGUGUUUCAUCAAUGUGAAGGUGUCAGGCUGUUUAAUAGUCAUCAGCUAUUUUCCUCCGUGGCAGACAAAGAAGGCUUAGGAUUGUUUGAGAAUAGUAGAAGAGAUUCCAACAAGCAGGAGACCCAUACAAUGGAAGCAGUGAAACUAGUGGAGCAUGACUUGAAGAAGACACUAAUUGGGAUGACGACACAUUUAUUUGGAAAGGAUAUAGAGUACCAAUGGGUAGAAACCUACUUUCCCUUCACGCAUCCAUCAUGGGAGUUGGAGAUCAAAUACCAGGAUGAUUGGUUGGAGGUUCUUGGCUGUGGGGUUAUGGAGCAACAAUUACUCAACCAAGCUGGAGCAUCAGGGAAGAUUGGCUGGGCAUUUGGACUUGGUCUAGAGAGAUUGGCUAUGUGCUUGUAUGAUAUACCUGACAUCAGAGUAUUCUGGAGUGGCGACAGAAGAAUUCUCUCACAGUUUUAUGUGAAGGACCCUGAAACUCCUAUUACUUUCAAGCCUGUCAGCAACUACCCACAAUGCAUCAGUGACAUGUCAUUCUGGAUCCCAAAUGACUACACAUCAAAUGACUAUUUUGAUCUUGUCAGAUCAGUGGGCGGAGACUUAGUAGAGGAAAUUACUUUGAUUGACACUUUCAAACACCCAAAAACUGAAAAGACGAGUCAUUGUUAUAGGAUUAUUUAUAGACAUAUGGAAAGAAAUAUGACACAGGAAGAAGUGAAUGUUUUGCACACUCUGAUUGGUCAAACUGCAACAAAGGAAUUACAGAUUGAACUUCGGUAGCAUAUCUAAAUGCAUUCUAAAUUGUGAUUGUGAAUAUAUUGAGUGCCUUGAGUGAAAUACAGUAAAACCUGUAUAAUCUGAACAGCUCUCUAUUCUGAACGUAUUUUUGCCCCACUGUUCUGUCUAGCAAAGACUUCCACAUUAAAAAACAUAUAUAUGUAAAGAAAUCAACACCUGCCAAUCUAUUCUGAACAUAUCUUUUGCCCCACUGUUUAAUCUGCCAAAGACUUCCACAUUUAAAAAAAUG